AUGCCGCCUCGACGUAAUCGACAACGUCCUGUCCGUGACAUUAUGGUGGAAGAUUUGCAGCGUGAGGUCCGACGAUUACAACAAGAGCUAGCCCAGAGAGAUCGACAAGAAGCGGAGAACCAUCAAGAAGAAGAAGAGGUUAAUCCUUUCCAUCAGGAUUCCUCCAGCGAAGAAGGAGACUCUCGUCGACGGCAUAGGCCCGUCCGGCCGACCUUCAGGGAUGAUGGGGGAAUCAAGAUCGACCUCCCUGAAUUUGAAGGAAGACUCGAUCCAGAUGAAUUCUUGAAUUGGAUACAUACCGUGGAGCGGGUCAUUGAAUUCAAAGAAGUAGCUGCGGACAGAAUCGUUAAGCUGGUAGCGAUUAAGCUUCGGAAACACGCGUCGCUGUGGUGGGAAAACCUGAAGAGGAAUCGAACCAGGGAAGGUAAAUCUAAGAUCACGGAUUGGGACAAGAUGAAGAAAGAAUUACAUUGCAAAUAUCUUCCGGAACAGUAUCGUCAAGAACUGUUCUUGAAGCUUCACCGACUGAAUCAGCGUCAGUUAUCUGUGGAGGAGUAUGCCGCCAAAUUUGAACAAUUGGCAUUGAAAUGCGAUCUCAUCGAGCCGGAGGAGAAUACGAUAGCGAGGUUUCUGGAUGGCCUACAACCCGCCAUAGCUCACGUGGUGCAGUUACAAACCUUUUGGACCCUACAAGACGUAAUCAAUCUGGCAUUGAAGGUGGAGAAACAACUAAAGAGCACGCCAUCUAAUCAUUCUAGACCCAGGGAAGUGUGGGAGGGUAAAUCUGCCCAAAGUUCAAAAGGUGGGACAUCCACGUCGCAAGGGGCGCCGACCACAUCCUCAUCAGCUGGGCGAGGGUGGAAUUCACCGUCGAAUGCUGCAGGGGCCACCUCCGCACGCAAAUGCUUUAAAUGCCAAGGUUAUGGACAUAUUUCAUCCAAUUGUCCGACGAGGAGGGUCAUCACUGUAAUUGAAGAGGAGGAAUUGGAAGCUAACGCUGACCUACUGAAAGAAAUGGGCAAGGCCGAAACUGGGGGAUCUCUGGAACCCACAAUCAUUUGUGCUGAUGAAGGUGAAUUGCUGGUCCUCUGCCGGUUGUUAAAUACUCAGAGGGAAGAACCCGUCCAACGUCAUAAUCUCUUCCGAACAAGGUGCACCAUCAACAAUCGGGUGUGUCAAAUUAUCAUUCACAAUGGCAGCUGUGAAAAUAUAGCUUCGUGUGCGUUGGUGGAGAAGUUGCAGAUCCCCACUGAAGUCCAUCCGCGCCCUUACAAACUAUCGUGGAUCCAACGGGGAAGCGAGGUUGAGGUGUCCAAACACUGUUUAAUUGCAUUUUCUAUUGGCAAAUUCCAGGAUCAAGCUUGGUGUGAUGUGCUGCCCAUGGAUGCCUGUCAUCUCCUGUUGGGCCGGCCGUGGCAGUAUGAUCGACAGGCUCACCAUGAUGGGUCCGCCAAUACUUAUACAAUAACUCACAGCGGAGAGAAGUUAUUGUUGAUGCCAAUGGAACCUCAUGGCAACGACUGCGCUAAAGAACCAAUGUUAAUGAAUAGGGCUGAGUGUCAGCUAGCCCUUCGACAAACAGAUGAGGGAUACCUCCUCUUGCUCAAGGAGAAUACUACCGCGCAAACAGAAUUACCCAGCGAGGUACAACCCGUGCUGGAUGAAUUCCCGGAUGUGUGGGUGGAAGAACUACCCGCAGGAUUGCCACCUUUAAGAGAAGUGCAACACGCGGUGGAUUUGCUUCCAGGGGCAGUCUUGCCCAAUAGACCACCAUACCGACUUAGACCCGACGAGCACAUGGUAUUACAGCAGCAGGUAGAAGAGUUGUUGGCCAAGGGCUUCAUCCACCCAAGUGUUAGUCCGUGUGCAGUACCUGCACUAUUGGUGCCCAAGAAGGACGACAGCUAUCGAAUGUGCAUUGACAGUAGAGCCUUAAAUAAAAUUACUAUCAGGUACCGGUUUCCUAUUCCCCGAAUUGAUGACUUGUUUGAUCAAUUACAGGGGGCGACCAUCUUCUCCAAACUCGAUUUAAGAAGCGGCUAUCACCAAAUCCGGGUGCGGGAGGGUGAUGAAUGGAAGACCGCUUUCAAGGUGAGAGACGGACUCUGGUUUGUGAUCGUCUACUUCGAUGACAUUCUAGUCUACAGCCCUGACGUACAAGUCCACCUGCACCAUCUCCGGCAAGUGUUGUCGCUGUUACAAGAACAGAAGUUGUACUGCCACCCGCACAAGUGUCGAUUCUUGGACACUCGAAUCCAAUUCUUAGGAUUCAUAAUAUCAGCCAAUGGGAUUGAGGUAGACCCGAGCAAAGUAGAAGCCAUAAACAGUUGGCCCAUCCCCAGUUCGUCAACUGAAGUGCGCCGAUUCCUUGACUUGGCGUCCUUUUACAGGCGGUUUGUCGCCAACUUCAGCUCGGUGGCUGCUCCCCUUACCGAUCUACUUAAAUCGGAUUCCUUCACAUGGACAGACAAAGCUCAGCACAGUUUCCAACAGCUACAGAGGAAGGUGACCUCUGCCCUAGUGUUACGUCUACCUGACUUCGACAAAGUAUUCCAAGUGGAUUGCGACACCUCGAAUGUGGGCAUUGGUUCAGUACUGAGCCAGGAGGGACAACCGGUAGCCUAUUUCAGUGAAAAAUUGAAUGAAGCUAGGCAAAAAUACUCUACGUACGAUAAGGAGUUCUACGCCACUAUCCGUGCAUUACACCACUGGAACCAUUUCCUUCUUUGUAAGGAGUUUGUCCUCUAUACCGACCAUGCCACACUCAAGUUCUUGGAUAACUAG